AUGCGAACUUUCUCAACACUUUCACUUUCACUUUCGCCUUUCCUUCUCUCCGGAGUGAGAGCCAUCCCCGCCGCCAGCGCGACAGCUGCGACGUCCGUCGCUGCGGCUGCGUCCAGCUCACCGGCCCCGACGGCCACUGCAACUGGGAACCCGUUUGAGGGGUAUCAGCUCUAUGUGAAUCCGUAUUAUAAAUCGGAGGUGGAAAGUCAGGCGAUUCCGUCGUUGACGGGGUCGUUGGUGGCGCAGGCGAGUGCUGUCGCGGAGGUGCCGUCGUUUUAUUGGUUGGAUACGGCAGAUAAAGUUCCCAUCAUGGGCGAGUACUUGGAAGAUAUCCAAACCCAGAAUGCUGCGGGAGCGAAUCCCCCUAUUGCUGGCAUAUUUGUGGUCUAUGAUUUGCCGGACCGGGACUGUGCUGCCCUGGCGAGUAAUGGGGAGUACUCGAUUAGUGAUGGUGGGGUGGAGAAGUAUAAAGCGUAUAUUGACUCGAUUCGGGAGCAGAUUGAGACGUAUUCGGAUGUACAGACGAUUUUGAUUAUUGAACCGGAUAGUUUGGCUAAUUUGGUGACGAAUCUUAAUGUGGCUAAAUGUGCUAAUGCCGAGUCGGCUUAUUUGGAGUGUACCAAUUAUGCUCUGGAGCAGUUGAAUUUGGCUAAUGUGGCGAUGUAUUUGGAUGCGGGCCAUGCGGGUUGGUUGGGAUGGCCGGCCAAUAUCGGACCAGCUGCGCAGCUGUUCGCUUCAGUCUAUGCAAAUGCAUCAUCGCCGGCUGCUGUUCGUGGGCUCGCUACCAAUGUGGCCAACUAUAAUGCUUGGAGCAUCGACUCAUGCCCAUCUUAUACAUCUGGAAACGAUGUCUGCGAUGAGCAGAGCUAUAUCAAUGCCAUUGCCCCUGAGCUGACCAGCGCUGGAUUCGAUGCACACUUCAUUACCGACACAGGUCGCAACGGAAAACAGCCCACUGGCCAGAAUGCCUGGGGAGACUGGUGCAAUGUCAAAGGCACCGGUUUCGGCGCCCGGCCAUCCACUGAUACUGGAAACGAGCUCGCAGAUGCCUUUGUCUGGGUCAAGCCAGGCGGAGAAAGUGACGGCACCUCGGACUCGUCUGCUGAGCGCUACGAUGCGCACUGCGGAUAUAGUGAUGCCUUGCAACCUGCUCCGGAGGCUGGGACUUGGUUCCAGGCCUUUUUUGAGCAGCUCUUGACAAAUGCUAACCCUUCCCUGUGA